CUGGGCCGCGUUUGCUGAAACCAUAGGAAUGCGACACACUUUGUAUUUACAGACCAAAGCUACAGCACUUUAAUGUAUAAAUACAUACUUAUAUAUCUUAAACGCCAACAGUCGUUAUCUGUCAUCGGGUCCGCUUCAGGCUUUUUUUUUUUUUUUUUUUAAAAGACGACGUAGCGACGGUUUAAUUUCUCUCACGGAAACUACUUAGUUGCCGCAGGGAGUCUGGCUUUUCCUCCUCGUCCUCAGCUGCCUUUCUGACAUGAGAUCAGGUGGAUAGUGGGUGACCGGACCUGGGACUAAAAGUCUGAUGCUCGGCUGUAGCUGCCACAGCCGCCAUCAUGUUCACCAAAAAGAAGAAGUCUCGCAUCCAGAUCUCCGCUCCAUCCAACUUCGAGCAUCGCGUACACACAGACUUUGACGAGCAUGAGCAGAAGUUUGUCGGGUUGCCGCGGCAAUGGCAGUCGCUCAUCGAAGACACGGCCAAAAGGCCCAAACCCUUCAUCGACGUGACUGUCAUCACUACUGUAGAGCCACGCAAGACAAUUGUACGAGGCAGCAAGCUUGGAGUGGAUGGCUCUCUGACCUGGCUGUUGGAUGAAUUUGACACGAUGUCUGUGACUCGCUCCAACUCCCUGCGACGAGGCAGCCCUCCCAUCCAGCCUCGCAAGGACUCUAGCUCUUCAGGAGGAGGAGGACAGGAGAACGGAGACCCUCACCACAGACACUACUCGCUCUCAGACAGAGACCGACCCAGACCAGACUUCCACCACAGUGGAGGGGACCCCCGCCAGAGUCAGCGUGAGCACCGUCCUCCUCAGUUGGACGAGGGAGUCCAGGGUCGGCCCCAGCAACAGCCCCGGGGCCAAGAGCCCAGCAGGGCCCACAAGGACAGACCAGGUUCCGGGCCUCCCCCUCACAGAGACAGAGAGCCUCGAGACCGGGACCAGGUGGAUCAACCCAGUGACCAAAGGCCAAAGUCCAGCUACAUUGUGCGGGAUGGCAGCCCUCAGUCUCCCAGGGACAAGAGGCCUCUCUCUGGGCCCAACAUCCGCACCCCAAACCUGCCAGUAACAGAGGGGGUGAUGAAGACUGCCCAACAGAACACACGGCCGUUUAACACCUACCCAAGGACGGACAGCGAGGGAGGACGCAGUCCCACAGGACAGCCGGUUCGACACCAUGAAUCCUCCCCUCAAAACGGGCCCUCUAGUGGCUCCACCCGAAGUUCCUCUAGCUCCAAGCCCCCUGUAAGCCACCCACACCCUCAUCACACUUCCCACCCCAGCCUGACCCCUGAGGCCACACAGCACCCACACACUCCUCACCCCGGCGUUCCAGCCCCGCGACCCCCUGUGCCCUCUGGGCCCCCGGUGUCAGGUGCACCGACCCAGGGCCGCUCACCGCAAAGGGAACCCCAGAGGGUUUCCCAUGAGCAGUUCAGAGCGGCACUUCAGAUGGUAGUGGAUCCUGGGGAUCCACGGACCUACCUGGACCACUACAUUAAGAUAGGGGAGGGGUCCACGGGGAUCGUGUGCAUCGCCACAGUGAAGACCACUGGGAAACUGGUCGCGGUGAAGAAGAUGGACUUGAGGAAACAACAGCGCAGAGAACUCCUCUUCAACGAGGUUGUGAUCAUGCGGGACUAUCACCAUGAGAACGUGGUGGAGAUGUACAACAGCUACUUGGUGGGGGACGAGCUCUGGGUCGUCAUGGAGUUCCUGGAGGGAGGAGCUCUCACUGACAUUGUGACACACACCAGGAUGAACGAGGAGCAGAUCGCCACAGUGUGUCUGUCUGUCCUGAAGGCGUUGUCUGUCCUCCACACACAGGGCGUGAUCCACAGAGACAUCAAGAGUGACUCCAUCCUUCUCACUCACGAUGGCCGCGUGAAGCUGUCAGACUUUGGUUUCUGUGCCCAGGUGUCUAAGGAAGUUCAAAGAAGGAAGUCUCUGGUGGGAACACCGUACUGGAUGGCACCGGAGCUCAUAUCCAGACUGCCUUAUGGACCAGAGGUGGACAUCUGGUCUCUGGGUAUCAUGGUAAUAGAGAUGGUUGACGGGGAGCCACCGUACUUCAACGAGCCGCCUCUCAAAGCCAUGAAAAUGAUCCGAGACAACCUGCCUCCCAAACUGAAAAACCUGCACAAGGUCUCCCCCCUGCUCAAAGGCUUCCUGGACAGGAUGUUGGUGCGAGACCCGGCUCAGAGGGCCUCGGCCAACGAGCUUCUUAAACACCCCUUCCUAACGAAGGCGGGUCCGCCGUCCUGCAUCGUCCCCCUGAUGAGGCAGAACAGAAUGAGAUGAGACAUUUAACAAUAAGAUCUCCAGACCGGAGGGCUACGUGUGCAGGUUCAGAUGGAACAGAAUACUCCUGCACACAGAGAGGCGGCCCAAAGAGGUCAGAGGUCAUAGAUGAGAGGUGUGUGCUUCGGGCGAAACUCAAAGAAAGAGCUGUGAGCUGCAAAGUGCGAACCGGGUGUGCAGGAGUAUUCUUUUAUUUUCUCUUAUGUGAAUCACUGAACUCUAGGGAGUGUUCUCCCUUUAUAAGAGGCAAUAAGGUUGUGUGUGUGCGUGUGUGCGUGUGUGCGUGUGUGCGUGUGUGCGUGUGUGCUUUGUGCGUGUGUGUCGUGUGUGUGUGUGUGUGUGUGUGUGUGUGUGUGUGUGUGUGUGUGUGUGUGUGUGUGUGUGUGUGUAAACAUAUGGUGACAUGUGUGAAAGCAGAGAACCCAACUUGCCCUGUCGAGUGAUUUUAGCCAAUUUCAUAUGAACAUUUAGUUUUAAUUGAAUUCCUGGAAAGAUUGUUGCUGUUUUUAUAUUUCCAUUUGGACCUCAACUGGAAUUCAAGUGUGAAGGGGGGGGGGGUUUGCACACCAAAUGGAUGCUUUUGAAGGAGCCGUGAGCCCAUUGGCUGAGAGUGGCAGAGCGACCUUUUAAUCCCGCUCUUUGACGGUCUGGAAGCCGAAUUUUCUCACUACAAAGACUUGUCCCGCGGACAGAUCCAAGACUCGGACGCUAUCCUCAUCACAGCCAGAACUUACUACUGAGGGAGGAAAUCUUUUGACUCAGAAAUGAGUCGGACAGACUUUAUUUUGUAGCCACAUAAAUACUAGCUUCCUGUACACAAGCAAACACACACUAAGUCAAAAGGUAAACACUGGAGUUUUGGUCUUUUUAACUAAUGAAUUUUCUCUUAUUUCCUCCUUAUUUUCCUGUCUAAGUACAAUGAACAUAGAGAGAUAUAUAUCAGUUUGAUGUUUUGCUAUCUCUAUUUUGUAAUUGUUCUAUUAUAAUUAUUAUGAUGAUGUGUUUUCUGGUUUAUUUUAGAGAAAGAUGUGAUGAUUUUUGAAGCACUGUCAACGAGAGAUAGAAGCUGCACUCCCGGUGGAUUCCAGCACGCAGGUCCUAGACACUAGACAUAUUACUUUGGUUUUGUUUUAAACUAGACCCGAUUGGACUUGUUGACCAUAAACUCUUGUGGUCAAGAUGUCAAUCUGACAAGCAGGAGAGGUUUUGCAGAAACAUGAAAAGAUAACAAUACAUCUUGGGUACCUAAAUAAGUAUAAAAUCUCGACAAAACAUAAAUAUCAUACCCAUGUUUUAGCAUAUUUUAAAUUUUUUAUUAUUUUACCGUAGCGUUUUUAAAAGAGUAGACUUUUCCACAUCCUCUGUUUUUUUUAACUUUAUUUUACUAACUCCCUUCACAAACUAAUGGUUGUUCUUUGGUAGAAAAGGCAAUUAGCGGGUUGUUUUUAUUCCGUGUUGCACGUCAUCAUCCUCAUCGCUUUCCAACAAACACACACCUGCUGCUGUUUGCAGUAAACGUUGUGCUGCAUCGUGUUCUACCAUUGAAUCGAUUAAUGUUUGAUUUCCUAGUCAAUGCAUCAGGCAGAUAACUCUUGACUGCUCCUCGUAGUGCGAGUGCUUUAUUUUGAAACGAUAAAGGAAAACACUACACUGCACUACACAGAGUGUUACAAAUCGGCAAGGAAAGCGUCUUUGUUUAGAUUUACGCCUCCCAUUAAUAGAGCUCUUCCAGCUCUUAAUGUGUGUCUGAAGAUACGCUGUUAUUUGAGAGUUUGCAUUGUAGUCGGUGUGUAUGUGUGCUCAGUGAAAGUGGACCAGAGAGCAGAUGACAGAAAGAUAACAGAAGUACCUUGAAGGCAGGAAACACUUUCAUGAAAAUCCACUCUGUACACUAGUGAGUAACAACUGCUGAUAAUGCACGUACACACACACACACACACACACACACACACACACGAGCUAAAGUAGUUAUCCGACAUGUGUUGUUACGUUCUGGGCAGCACUGAGAGGGAACUGUUUUCCCUACAAUCAGACUCUUAAGAUUUGGCAUCAGGCCUUUGUUAAUUUCGUCGUGAUGUUUAACAACAGCAGCAUUCUGUUGGUUGUCAGACACAAGUUCUCUAAAUGGACUGAAAACAGCUCUCACGCUCAACUUAAUAACUCACGCAACUUGUUUUUUUUUCACAUUAGGACAUUGAAAUCAGCCACUGCAAAUUAAAUUCACUUUCAAAUGCCCCGAGGCCGCCACAGCCGGCUGAAUGAAACCGUAGAGAAUUAAUUCCAGUUCAGGUCUGGUUAUUAUACGCCCACUUUGGCCCUGAAGCAGGAGUCUUUAUCAGCAGACAUCUGGAGUUUCACACUGUACUUUGUAGCAAUGAACAGUCAUUUACACAGAAGAUGACAUUUGUGAUAAGGCCCUGUUAUAAUCCAUCCUUCUCAAGGUAAUGAGACACAGAGAUGCACAUAAAACAGCCUGCGGACACGUCCCCUCUCUCGGCCAGGACUGCCGUUUCCAUUCCUUCUCUUCCAGCUCAGCGCUCGUCAGUCAAGUUUUCUACGACGUGUUUUCUUGAAUGAUUCCUGCUAAUCUGGUGCUCCUUGAAAAUUAAAGCAAACUUUUAGAUGCUGUCUUCUGUCGCUUCCCCCCUCCCCCCCACACACACACACACUCACACACAAAAGUCAAGACUGCAUGUAAACAAAGGGAGGGUUGGGUGGCGUAGCACACUCGCUGAUUGUCAUGAACCUUUCUACAUGCAUAUAUACAUACUAUACUGCAGCUGUAUAUUAUACUGCAGAUGCACUGUCCUCCUGCUGAUUUAUUGAACAUUUUGCUGGUUCUUUAUCUGCAAACCCAACAACUGUGAGGCCUUGUUCGAAGAGUAGGAUGAAGGCUUUUUAACGCUAAUUUCAAGCUAAUAGAGUUUAUUUUCUAACACUGUUAAUAGUUCCUGCAAAGAACAGCUAGCUACAGUUUAAAGAGAAUGAUGUGACCUGUGAUUUAAAGUGACUAUUGCUGUGUAUUCAUGUUCAUGUUGUGUAGCUACACUCUUGGAAGAGUGCAUAAAAGCAGCAGUCUCCUCCAGUGAAAAUGCUUCGUUCCAGGCAUCGUUGUCUCUAACUUCAAGUUGUAGUCGUGGUCUGGACUCCUCUUAAUGCCCUCCUGCUGUUAUAGAACCAGCACAGAAAAUGUAGUUUCUUCUUCCUAAUGUCCAUGUGCUGGGAUGGAGCAGGUUUGAGACACUGCAGGCGGAAGUUGGUUAACCAUGAACUUGCCAAUUUGUUUUCUUCAGAGACCUUCACUCAGAAGAAAUAUCUGGUAGGCGUCUUUGUCCUUUGUCUCCUCGGCUGCUUACCAGCCGGUACGUUGUCAGCUGAGGUUUCUGUUUUUGUCUGAGUAAGGGACGGACUGAUAAUGACUCUCAGAUUACGAAACGUGUUGUGAUGUUUCAUGUUAAUAAUCAGCGGAGACAUGGCGGCUGAGCUGAAUGACAAUCAGGUGUAGGCGAGCUAAUUCGGUUUGGGCUGUGAUAUUUUAAGACAAGACACUUUGAAUUUUUCUGUUUCUCUUCACAGUCAAAAUCUCCAAUUACAAGAAUCUGUUGGCACAUAUUGAUUCAUCACUUACUAUGUUUUGAAUAAUUAUAAACAUUAUGACUGGUAAAUUGCAUCUGGUUUGUUAGCUGGUGCACGAAGGCGGCCGGUGAAAUGGUCAAAAUGACCGGCUGAUAUUGUGAUUUUUAUUUUUUUUCCCCAAAACAGUGACCCCAAUACUCCUGUUGAAUAACUGUAUGAAUAACCGUAAUCUUAAAGGUGUAAUAUCACCUCGUCCCCAGGUCAGAGCCAGAGAGAGAGAGUGCAGCAGUGGUCGAGUGAGCAAGAGAGUGAAUGGGAGAGAGGGAGUGCAGAACAUUGCAGUAAAUCAGAGGAAUAAAACACAUUAUUUUCUGGUUGUUUCACAGCGGAAGACCUCGUCUCCGUGAUGUCACCCAUAGGUUACUAAAGAGACAAAAUGAAGCUCAAAGUCGUCCUGGUGGCUUCGGCCGUCGCCAUCUUGGCAGCGCCUGACCUUGGCUAAUCCAAAAAGGGGCAAAGAAGUGGAGCGUUGAUGGAGCUAAAGCAGGAUUACUUUAUUAAUCAAUGUAGGUUUUUUUUUUUUAGGAAAAUCCUAAAAUAUUAUACCUUUUUUUAUUUUUUUAUUUUGAGAAUUAACUUUCUAAAAAGAAAAAUGAUAUAAACAAAAUAAAGUAGGUUGCUGCAAGACCAACAUUUAGUUUUGCUUGGAUAAGAUUAAUUUUGCGUGUGUUUGGACCUCGCUGUGCUCCAGCUGCAGCUUUAAUACAAAUCCAGUUGUUUGAGUCAUAACAUUAUCUCUAAAUCUUUAUGAUAAUAAGCUGCUUAUUGGUGAAACCUGCAACUUCACUCAUUUGACACAUAAAGCUGAGACAACCUUUCUCGAUUUCUCAAUUAUUUUUACUUUAUUCCCCAAAUAUUGCAACUUUUGUCUUCCAAUAUUUUUACUUUAUUCUCAGAUUUAGUUUCCUUAUAGUGACCCUAUUGACCUUUGUCCUACCUGCCGUAGUCCAGGUGUGAACCAUCACUCUCUCUGGUAUUACAGACCUUAUUAUCAAUGUGAAAAACCCAAAUCUGUUAACUAGUGGAGUGAUUGGUUAUCUGGUGGACUGCAACUAUAUUUAUAUGGACCGGAUGUGUGUGCCUGUGUGUCCAUUGAUGAGUUCUUGUCUUAACGUCAUCUUACAAUCACUACUUGACCGAUUGUUAUGGUUCUGAAUCAACACUACGAGAGUGAGAGAUGGAGAAUGCAGACUUCCAUGACGCUUCUCAUAUCACAAAUCUGAAGGAAAGUCGGGUUUGUUUGGGUCUUUUUGGCGGAUGUGUUAAAAAGUUGACUGUUCUGAAAACCUUUCUGCUGAAAACUAAUUAUAAUUUGCCAAUGAGCAGCUCGAGUGUGGCUGUUCAGGGUUUAGUGCCUUGCUUUGCGGCAUCGUGGCAGACAUUUUUGGGGAUUGUCUGUUUACGUGAGGAGUCCCGCAGGGCUUGUAUCUGGUUUCCACUAAGAUCCCGUGGUUACGGAGGCUCAUUGACCACCACUAACCAACCGGCCUGUGCUAUAAAACGUGGGAAAAACCUGUCAUCAUUAUCAUUGACUGGCUUCUUUUCCUCUAAAAAUGGAUUUUGUUUUUGUUUUGUCAAACAUCGGGUCCCAACAACCAUUCCUGCACCAUCUUGUUUUGUUGUAAAUUUCACUGGUAUUGUAAAAAAAAACAAAAAACAUAGACUUCACUUUGCAACUUUUGUUUUGUUUUUGCAAAUACAGAUUUUGUAAAAGUCAA